AUGAGUUCGGUUCUGAGAAAUGUAGCCAAGGUCUUCCGCCGUAAAAAGAAAAACGAGGAUGAGGCUAACGUGCCCCGACUAAUCGAAGCCACUUCCAUGGAGCAAACCCCGACGCUUCAGCGUGGUGGACGGCUCUAUAAAUCAACCCGCGAGGCCGGAUCCAAAGCAGAAACCUUCCAGGCAAGUCUCUUUUUUUGGCAUUACCUGAUUCAGCGCGAACGGAACCGCCGCUCGUAUAAAGCUCCGGCGCCGAAUCAUGACAACACUGCGAAUGGCGAUGUGCCGGUCUGGACGAGGAAAAGUGGUGAUGCGAAGCGCCGCUCAAUGUGUGCUCUGGAGCCAGAGGUCGGAUUCGCGGAAGCUCGCCGGCUAAGCAUGAACCCACUCGAAAGUGUAGGGACUCGGGCAGAAGAAGCUAUCAGCCAUGAAAAGACGAAUACUCCACAAGAAUCCGGGCAGCUUCUCAACCCGAGUGCUCCAAGCAGUAGCGAUGAGAUGAUCAUCGUCAUGGUGACUCCGAGACAGUUGAAGAAGUUAGUGGCAGAAGGAGCUUCUAUCACCGAAUUCAAGUCGUUCACGCCGCAUGCAUUACAGUCGUCUGAUGACGGCUUUUCGGCAAGCCCUUGUCCGAGGCUAACACAUGAUACGAAGGCGACGAAGCGUACGACAGCUAUGCCAGAUCUCCAUCAUGCUGUGGAAGUUAAUGACUUUGCCGACACCGUGGUGGGCCUAGGCUGCGCGUCGUCGAAUGACUGCUUUAGCAAGGAAGACCAGCGCCGUCACACUGUUGCUCAUGUGAAGAAAGGAGGAAACCGUUUCCAGCGCCAAGCUCCAACAACCGCCAGUCAGCGGCAUAAUCGGAAGACAAAAGAGCGUGCUGCUAAAAACGAUUUGCAGACUGGCGCUAUUAGGCACGCCGAUGGAUGGGUAUCUCGACCGAUGACACCCGUCGAAAAACUUAUUUUCGAAACUGGACAACGGGUUGACAAAGAGGGACACCUGGUUUCCAAGUUCCGCGAAGACGAUGAAACUGGCAAGGACGAGCUGCACGCACGGGACAAGAAACGCAGGUCGAAGCGACACCCCAAAAAUUCCGAAAAGAAGUGCUGC